AUGCCGCCCAAGCGUGCCGUCGUAACGCUGGCCGAGAAGAAGGCGCGGGUGCUGAAGUUCUUCCAGGAGGAGCACAGCAUAUACAGCAUAAAAGAUCUGGAGAAGCUGAUUCCUAAGAAAUGCGCAGGGGUGUCGUCUAUGCUUGUCAAGGACAUCGUGCAGCAGCUGAUCGACGAAGACGGUCUGAUAUCAGUGGAAAAGUGCGGCAACGUCAAUGUAUAUUGGUGCUUCAAAAACCAGCUGGUCGGCAAAAUGUGCACCGAGAUGCAGGCGAUGAAGGCGCGCAGUGAGGAGUCGCAGGUGCGGUUGCAAGAGCUGCAGGCAGCCAUAAAUUCCGAGAAGAAGCACGCGCGGGCGGCCGCAUUCAGGUCGGAGGGCGUCAGCUACACGCGGGCGGCCCUGCUGACCGAGCACGACGAGCUCGGGCGGCAGCUGGCGGCGUUGCAGAGCGCGUAUCGGAAGCUAGAGGAUACGAAGUGGGACGAAACAAAGAUAGACAGCUAUUGCCGGGGCGUUCGCAGCAAGCUGGAGCAGCUGGACAAAAUCACGGAUAACAUCGAGGUGAUAGUGAGCUUCCUGAUGCGUCGGCAUGCGGUCAGUCGGGCGGAGCUCGCUGCUGCACUUGACAUGCCAGAAGAAUUCGAAGAGUUUGAGGACUUGCGGAAGUCGCUGCCAUAG